CAUAACAAACGCCAGACAUCUUUGAAAUAGUUGAAAUAAUUUUAUUUGGCGAUAAUUACUGUAUUUUCAGUUUUAUUAACAGCCUAAUUUACUUAAAAAUCAAUUUUUGCAAGAGGAAAUCAUCCUCUUUUGUUGUCCAAAAUGCAACGACGAGGUGGAAAGCGAAUUCGGAUGGAUGAACCACCACCGGAUUUCGAUGAACCGUUGGAUCUUCCAUAUCCGAAUGAACCGCACAAUGAAAGUUGGUCCUCGGGUGGUGCUGGGGAGGGUCCUUCCGAGGAUGCUCAUCCAGAAGAACAGACCGGCCGGGGACGUGGAGGUCGUAUGACCCGGUUGAGAGCACGAGGUGGAGUUCCUUUAAAGGCACCCAUUAUCGAUGAAGAUGACGAUGACAUAUUUUUUGGGGCACGAUUUGAACAGCAGCAAAAAAAGCGCAAAGCUCCCAGGAAACCUCGCGGAGAAGGCGCACCGAAAGAGCCCCGCGAAAAACGAGAACGCGCAUAUCAUCACGACAAUGAAGAACGCGUAGUAGUCACUGAUCGUGAGAGUACUACGGAUGAAACAAGUUUGUACUUUAUUCUGAGACAUUCCAAAUCAGCCAUCACCGGAAUCGUGGACGAUUGGAUUGAAAGUUACAAGGUGGACAAGGAUUCAGCAUUGAUUGCAUUGAUGAAUUUUUUUGUGCACGCUAGUGGAUGCAAAGGUAAAAUUACACCGGAAAUGCAGCAAACUAUGGAGCACACUGCAAUUAUCCGUAAAAUGACGGAGGAAUUCGAUGAAGACAGCCAUGAGUAUCCCUUGAUCAUGCCUGGCCAGCAGUGGAAAAAGUUCAAAAUGAAUUUUUGUGAUUUUGUCCAGACACUUGUCAAGCAGUGUCAGUAUUCAAUCAUUUACGACCAGUUCCUCAUGGACAAUGUUAUAUCUCUGCUGACGGGUUUGUCUGAUUCACAAGUUCGAGCAUUUCGGCACACCGCCACACUGGCAGCAAUGAAGCUAAUGACGGCGCUGGUAGACGUAGCACUUCUAGUGUCGGUAAACUUCGAUAAUGCCGCCCGGCAGUACGAUGCGGAACGUCUGAAAACUCGCGACAAACGAGCCCCGGAUCGUUUGGAAUCUCUGAUGGGUAAGCGCACCGAGCUGGAGGAAAAUAUGGAUGAAAUAAAGAACAUGUUGACGUACAUGUUUAAGUCUGUGUUUGUUCAUCGCUACCGGGACACACUGCCGGAGAUUAGGGCAAUUUGUAUGUCGGAGAUUGGCAUAUGGAUGCAGAAGUUUUCGCAAAAUUUCCUGGACGAUUCAUAUCUCAAGUAUAUCGGUUGGACGCUGCACGAUAAAGUUGGCGAGGUUCGCCUAAGGUGCCUACAGGCCCUUCUGCCGCUCUAUGAGAACGAGGAGCUCAAAGGAAAGUUGGAGUUGUUCACGUCUAAAUUUAAGGAUCGCAUUGUGGCUAUGACACUGGAUAAAGAGUUUGAAGCGGCCGUCCAUGCGGUCAAAUUGGUGAUCAACAUUUUGAAGAUACAUCAGGACAUUUUGACGGACAAGGAUUGUGAAAUUGUGUACGAAUUGGUGUACUCAUCUCACCGGGGUGUCGCUCAAGCAGCGGCAGAAUUUCUGAACGUUCGUUUGUUCUGCCUUGAUUCGGACGCCCAGAUUACCUACACGAAACGGGGCAAACAGCGCCUUUCGAAUACACCACUUUUGCGCGAUUUGGUUCAGUUCUUCAUUGAAUCCGAAUUGCACGAACACGGCGCCUAUCUGGUCGAUUCGUUCAUCGAUAGCAAUCCGAUGGUGAAGGAUUGGGAGUGUAUGACGGAUUUGCUGCUGGAAGAACCGGGACAGAUGGAGGAAACGCUGGACAACAAACAGGAAUCGACCUUAAUAGAGAUAAUGGUUAGUGCAGUAAGACAGGCUGCCACAGGAGAACCUCCGGUAGGACGGGGUAGCAGUCGAAAGCUCACACUCAGUGCGAAAGAGAUCAAACAAGUUCAGGAUGACAAACAAAAACUAACGGAACAUUUCAUUCACACCCUUCCGCUGUUGCUCAAUAAGUACAGUGCGGAUAGCGAAAAGUUAACGAAUCUGUUGGCUAUUCCUCAAUACUUUGAUCUGGAGCUGUACACUACGACACGACAGGAGGCAAAUUUGCAAACUUUGUUGGAUAAAAUGACACACAUCAUGUCGAUUCACGUGGAUCGUGAUGUGUUGGACACCUGCUCGAAAACGUUCGAGUUUCUUUGCACCGAGGGCAGUGCUAUCUACACGCGCUGUGACGUGGCCCGGUCGAAUGUUAUCGAUGAGUGUGUCAAUCGCUACAAGGAAGCGAUCGACGACUAUCGUAAUUUGAUUGCCGGCGAGGAAACGCCAAACGAGGAUGAGAUUUACAAUGUCAACAUCAGUCUGAAAAAAGUGUCCAUUCUCUACUCAUGUCACAAUUUGAAUCCAUGGAAUCUGUUCGAUUCACUUUAUCAGGAUAUCGAGGAAAGUCUUUCGGAGAAUGCGGGGGACAACGGAAUUCCCCACGAGGCACUCGUCUAUUGUAUUGAGGCGUGCUUCUUCUCGAUCAAAUGGGGUCUAUACUAUUUGGAAAAUACAAUGGAUCGAUCUGCGGCGUCGGAAGUCGAUGAAUUGCGAGAAAACCUAAAAAAGUAUUUGAGUGCUUGCAACAACCUGAUGUCCUACGAAGUCGCGCCGAUAGUGGAAGCAGCUUACAUGUCGAUUUGUGAUUUGUUGGUGGUCUUCAGUGAUCAGUUGGUUACCCACCCGAAUGAAUCGAUUCGUCAAUUGGUCUACAUUCCCAGUCCGGAACAGCAAGCACUGCUGAAUGAAUUUGUGCAGACGAAUGUGUUCUCUCCGGAACAGGAGGAAGGCCAUGAUGAAACCCGAAUUGAGGAGUUGCACAAAAGAAGGAACUUCUUAGCUGCUUAUUGCAAGUUGAUUGUCUAUAAUAUCUUACCGAUGAAGUCGGCUUCAGAGAUCUUCAAGCAUUAUUUAAGGUGUUACAACGAGUACGGUGACAUCAUCAAAACGACUUUGGGGAAGACGCGUGAAAUCAACAAGGUUAACUGUGCGCUGACCAUGUGUUUGAGUUUAAUCAACAUGUUCAAAGACAUCCAGGAAGCCUCUCCGGCGGGCCGCGUUUCCAAGAACUCUCAGGAAUUCCAAGAUUUGAAAGAGUUGGCUAAGCGUUUCGCUCUUUCGUUCGGUUUGGAUGCCGUGAAGAACCGAGAAGCUAUCACAGUUUUUCAUCGGGCCGGCAUUCUGUUUGCCGUAACCGUUCCAAAUGAAGCAUUCGAAGACCCGUCAGCACCGCCUCCGUGCAUUGCCUUUCUUGAGGUGCUAGCUGAGUUGACAAAUAAACUUAUCAAACAAGAUAAGAAAUUGAUUCUUAGCUUUCUGGAGCGUCGAUUAAACGCCGGCAUUCCAUCCAGCCGAUCCGAAGACUGGCAACCAUUGAUGACGUAUAAAAAUUCUCUCUUACACGGUGAAACCGAUCAAAUGCCGGUCCCUUCGAAACGGGCAUAUUCUCGCAGAAAGAAGGAUUACGACCACGACGAUGAGGAGGAACAUGAUGAUGAAGACGAUCAGGAUUAUAUUGCGUAGGCGCCCGGGAGGUGAACAUAAUUAGACCUGUACGCCGCCGCGCCACGCCGCCAUUUUAAGAAAAAGAUGAUCAGUGCGCCGGUUAUCACAUUGUAAUCAUGCCGCCGAUUGUAUUACAUAAAUCGAAAAAAUGAUUUUAGCAAUGUGGAAAAUUGUUUACAGUUUUUAUGAAAAUUUAUUGAAACCUAAUCACUAAGGCAUUUUCCGCUUACUUACACGGAACCGCAAAACAAUCCAAUUAACCACAUUCCACCCAAUUUGGGGGUUCCGUUCAAUAACCUAAUUUUAGGUAAAGUGGCUUGAGGUAGUUUCCGUAAGGCACGUGGAAAAAAAAACUUAAGCAUGAGUUUUAUUUACUCUACAGUUAAGUCGUAUUGACUCAAUUUUAGGUUUAUACCGUUUAAUUAAUUUUAGCUUAUUGAACGAAACUCUCGCUGUUGGGGGGUUUUGCUCUUUCUGUUUUGACAACAAUGGAAGGAGCGAAUGUAAGAGAAGAUUCAAAAGAAUUCAGAAUUAAGUAAAAAAUAAGGAAAUAAAAGGUAGUUUUUAUUUUUCGUGUAUACCGACUUCAACCGAAGCCAAUUGAAGAAUCCAAUCAGAGUGAUCAUCACGAGAUAGCGUUAUGGUGAUUCUUUUGACAUAUCUCAUGUAUUUAGAAAACAAUUGGACGAAUUUUUCAAUUUACUUGAGUUUGAACGAAUGUAAAUGACGAAACAUUACAAAUAUGGGUAAAAAAAUGAUUAUUCACGUGUUGUCAUCAAACAUAUGAUUCUAAAUUGUCUUAUACAAUUGAAAAUCUCGGAUGAAAUUUGAACAGGGCUUGUAUUGUGAAUCCUCAACGAAUGAAGCAACAAAAAAAAACACCCGCUGUGAACACUUUGCUUGACAUAACUGAAUGAGAGACCGAGAGAAACUGGAUGCGUGAGAGUAUGUGCUACUGAGCAGACCAAUUUCUUUGCUUGGUAAAUUGUUUGUGAUCUCAAUCUCAGUAAACACAUGAAACACAUGGCCAAAUUUGUUCACAUUUCAAACAUUGUAUAGCAUAAAUUUUGCAUUUGAGCCCGUUUUCAAAACGAUCAAUAUGUUUCUCGGGAGUUCACACUGUGUAUAUAUCCUAGAAACACAAAAAGCAUUUUUUUUAAAUAAUAUUCAUCGGAACUAAAAGUUACGAAUCUUGUUUCCUCAUAGGCGUCUUGAAUAUAAGAACUUUUCAUUAAAUGCUAACCUGAUGAAGCAUAGGUCUCAGCUAGCGGGCAUCUUCAUGAACUAAUGAAUGAACGAAGCAGCUCUCCUUGCUUGGGCUGCGCUGUGAAUUCUACCAAAGACAUCAUAUUAACAAGAUAUCCAGCUCUCACAUUUCCCGAACAAAUCAUUGGCAACAUCCUUUUUUGCGAGCGUGGUGCCCUCAGAUGAGUCCGCAUCGAAUCUCGUACAUAGAAGAUAGGGGAGAGAAAUGUCAAAUUCGUGCGCGCCAAAACAGCAGCACUGCGCACCCAUACAAUUGACAUGAUAUGUUGAAUGUGAUGCCGUGCGAUGGCGUUGCUGAACUGAAGAUUGAGAUCGCUCCAAGCUGACAGGGUCUGUCUACAUAACAUACGAGUGUGUGUGUGAAUAGCACACAGGGUGAAACUCUUUUGUUAAUAUUCGUUGCUUCAAUUUGCAAGCCCUGAAUUUGAAAUCUUCAAAUCACAUACAGAUUUGAUUUGGCUUAUAAAACAUGAGUAAAUAGACGAGUAAAACAUCUUUUGAUCAUAAUUUAUCAAUUAAUUUCAAAAUCCAACCAUAAACACAAAGAAUUUCCCAGAUAUGAAAACAGUACCCAACCUCACUUCUUCGAAUUUGAUAUUACCAAAUUUUCACACCUUUUGUGUAUGUUAGUAUUCGAUUCAUAAGAAGAAAAAAAUAAAAACCCGGCAUUUUUUCGAAAGCAAAAUCUGAAAAUUAUCACCAUCGCUUAGUUCAAAGCUCGCCACUCGAGCAGCGCAGCAAUCGUAGAAGAGUUGGUUGGAUUCUUCAAUUGGUACAAUGACGCCAAAAUGAAAUGUAGAGGCGCUGCUUGUUUCAGUAAGAGCUGUCAAAUCGGCAGAAAAUUUUUUAAUUACUUCAUAUUUUUAACGAUUUCUUAUAAA